AAAGGUGAAUUUGUUCUAAAGUUCUGUUUCUGGGAAUAUGACAAGAACCAUAAAACAUUACAAAGAGCAGUCUUAAAAUUUGUCAAUGACAGACUUGUUGACAGAGAUGACGCCGAUUGGAAAGAUGAAGUCCAACAAAAGUUCUUAGAAUGCAAAGAAGACACAUGCGCUGUUCUUGAAGAUGAAAUAGAAAACAGAAUAGAUGAGCUAUUAAAGGACAAAGAACUUUUACAUAAAUAUGGUUCUGAGAAAUUUGACGUCUCACCACCAGAAAAGAAGAAGAAAGAAAAGAAAGAAAAAAAGAAGAAGAGAAGAAAGAACCUGAACCAGUUCCAGAGAAAAAGAAAUUUGACAUGUAA